AUGAGUGCAGGAGUGAGGGACGGUCAUGGCCCCAGUGGGCAGCCUGAGCUAGAUGGCCAGAAUCCAAUUCCCACUCCGUCCAUCGGGCAAACACUCACCCAAAAGACUGCUUAUGAAGGGCAACAGAUGCACCCCCAGCCUAAGGUCCACUUCCAGGGAUGUAUGAACGGUGGGUGGAAGUAUUCAAGUGAACCUGCUUCAAGGCAACAGGAUAAUCAGUCAGGACUGACCCAAAUAGACAUCACUCUCUACCCGCAUGAGCAGCAGGGAAGUGGCUUGACCUGCCUUCUUGCUGCCUGGAAUGUGAGUGUGAUGGCUGGAGCUCUAGAAGCCAACGUUUGGAGAGAGUCUCGAGCUCUAGCUGGCAGCCAAGCGUACGAGCUCUGCGAUCAGCAGCCACCAUCGACGUUGCUUCGCUUCCUCUGGGCUCAUCUGCACCACUUGCUCGCCACACACUCUGCCGUCAUAAGCCGCCAUCAUGGUAAGCUUGCAAAGGCCGGUAAAAAUCAAGGUGACCCCAAGAAAAUGGCUCCUCCCCCAAAGGAGGUAGAAGAAGACAGUGAAGAUGAGGAAAUGUGAGAAGAUGAAGAGGAUGAUAGCAGUGGAGAAGAGGUUGUUAUGCCUCAGAAAAAAGGAAAAAAGGAUACCACAACUCCAGCAAAGAAGAUGAUGGUUUCUCCAACAAAAAAGGUUGCAGCUGGCACACCGGCAAAGAAAGCAGUUGUCACCCCUGGCAAAAGGCAGCCGCUAUGCCAGCCAAGAAGACAGUUACAACAUGCCAAGGCAGUAGCAACACCUGGCAAAGCACUGGUAGCAACUCCUGGUAAGAAGGGAGCAGCCGCUCCAGCCAAGGGAGCAAAGAACAGCAAGAAUGCCAAGAAGGAAGACAGUGAUGAGGAAGAUGAAGACGAUGGUGAAGAGGAUGAUGAUGAUGAAUUCGAGCCAGCAGUGAUGAAAACAGCUGCUGCUCCUGCCUCAGAUGAUGAGGAUGACGAGGAUGAAGAUGAGGAUGACGAGGAUGAAGAUGACGAUGAAGAUGAUGAUGAGGAUGACGAAGAUGACUCUGAAGAAGCAGCUAUGGAGACUGCACCAGCCAAAGGAAAGAAAGCUCUGGCAAAAGCUGCUCCUGUGAAGGCAAAGAGCACUGCUGAAGAUGAAGAUGAAGAGGAUGAUGAUGAGGAUGAAGUAGAGGAGGAGGAAGAGGAUGACGAGAAGGAGGGGGAAGAGGAGGAAGAACUUGUCAAAGAAGCACCUGGAAAACGAAAGAAGGAAAUGGCCAAACAAGAAGCAGCACCUGAAGCCAAGAAACAGAAAGUGGAAGCCACAGAACCAACUACAUCUUUCAAUCUCUUUGUUGGAAACCUGAACUUCAGUAAAUCUGCUCCUGAAUUGAAAACGGGUAUCAGUGACCUUUUUGCUAAAAAUGAUCUUGCAGUUGUUGAUGUCAGAAUUGGUGUGUCUAGGAAGUUUGGCUAUGUGGAGUUUGAAUCUGCUGAAGACCUGGAGAAAGCCUUGGAACUCACUGGUUUAAAAGUUUUUGGCAAUGAAAUUAAACUAGAAAAACCAAAGGGAAAAGACAGUAAGAAAGAUCGAGAUGCGAGAACACUUUUGGCUAAAAAUCUGUCUUAUAAAGUUACUCAGGAAGAAUUAAAAGAAGUGUUUGAAGAUGCUGUGGAGAUCAGAUUAGUCAGCAAGGAUGGAAAGACUAAAGGGAUUGCUUAUAUUGAAUUUAAGACAGAAGCUGACGCAGAGAAAACCUUGGAAGAAAAGCAGGGAACAGAGAUAGAUGGGCGAUCCAUUUCCCUGUACUAUACCGGAGAGAAAGGUCAAAGUCAAGACUAUAGAGGUGGAAAGAAUAGCACUUGGAGUGGUGAAUCAAAAACCCUGGUUUUAAGCAACCUCUCCUAUAGCGCAAUGGAAGAAACUCUUCAGGAAGUAUUUGAGAAGGCAACGUUUACCAAAGUGCCCCAGAACCAAAAUGGCAAAUCUAAAGUGUAUGCAUUUAUAGAAUUUGCUUCAUUUGAAGAUGCUAAAGAAGCUUUAAAUUCAUGUAAUAAAAGGGAAAUUGAGGGCAGAGCCAUCAGGCUGGAGUUGCAAGGACCCAGGGGAUCACCUAAUGCAAGAAGCCAGCCAUCCAAAACUCUGUUUGUCAAAGGUCUGUCUGAGGAUACUACAGAAGUAUAA